AUGGGAGCCUCCGUUGGGAAGCCAGCGUUCGGUGUCGUCGUCGCGCCGAAGACGCAGGCGGAGGAGCGGCUCGCCCUCGCGGAGCACGCCCUGCUCCAGUGGACUCGCUGCCCUGGCGCCGACUCGGGCAUCUGGGGCGCCGACGCGAGCUACACGAACAGAGGCCUCCUGGCGGCGGUCGACGAGGUGCUCCUCCUGGCGGCGGAGGGCCCUUUCCCGCUCCCCGCGGCCGCCUCCGCGCGCCGCCGCCUGGACAGCGCCGUCGGCGCAGCCGCGUCGCGCAUGGUGGAGGAGUUCCUGCGUGUCAGGGUCUGGAACGGCUCCCGGCUGCGCGGCGCCGUCGACAGGCUCUCGCUUGCUUCCACUGGCCUGUCACUGCUGGUCUUCCCCAGCGCCGGUGAGAGGGCCAGCUCCGCCUCGGCGGGCACUGGUGGGGACGUCGACGUGUCCGACGGGAGCCGGUCGAGGGCGAGCUCGAGCGUGCCUGACGAGGUCGCGGCCCUCUUGGACGCCGAGGUCUGGGACGACCUCGAUCUCAUCUGCUCCCCAGGUGUGUCCGUCCUUCACGAGAUCGCGCUUCGGAUCUUUCGUGCUGGACACACCGAGGAACUCUUCCGGGCGUUCGCCAACGCUCCCUGCGAUGUGCUGGACAGCUUCUUGUCGAUUCUUCGAGUUGAAUGCUCGCAGCGGACGACGGAGGCCGUGAUCAAGCGGUGGACAACGGUGACGAAGAUCAUAGGGAAGGCCAUAGUCGCCAUGCGGAGGCAGCUGUACGCGCAGAACCCAGGCGCGUUCGACGGUUUCAGGGACGAAUACUUGCUGGCCAUCGCGGAGAACCGCAUCCUGAUCCUGCUCGACUUCGCCAACGGGUUCACCAGCAUCACGUCGCACGAGAAGCUCGUGUACAUGCUCGCCAUGUACGAGGCUCUCACCGACGCCGCUCCCAGCCUCCUGCUCCUGUUCAGCGGCGCGCGCAAGGAGUUCAUCUCGGAGCGGACGCAAGGUAUCCUCACGAAACUGGCCGGCGCGAUGAGGGUCAUGGUCAGCGGCGUCAUGGCCAAGAUCCAAGGCGAAUGUCUAUCCCCGCACACGCCGAGCGCGGCAGCUGGCGGCGUCCACCAGCUGGCGCGCGACGCCAUGACCUGCGUCGAGCUGCUGGCGAGGCACCGCACCACGCUCGAUUUGAUCCUCGCGGACGCGGGCGCCGACGACGAACGCGGCUCCCUCGCCGGCGUCGUCUCGGACCUGAUCGCGGGCCUGGAACGCAACCUCCAGGGGAGACUCGCUGUCGCCUGCGCCGACGCAGGGGGCUCGCGGCACCUCUUCCUGGCGAACAACAUCAGCUUCGUGCUGAGCCGCGUCGCGGACACCGAAGGCGUGGCGUCCCUGCUCGGGGGCGCGUGGGCCGCGCGGCGCCGGAGCCGGAUCGAGCAGCACGUAGCGAGCUACUCCGCGUCGUCGUGGGGCCCCGUCGUCGCUCUCCUGGACAUGCCCGUGUGUGGCAGAGGCAAGCCGGCGAAAAUUCUGGCGGAGUUCAGCGCCGCGUUUACCAGAAUGCGCGACAGCGAGGUGUGCCGGGAGGUCCCCGAUCCCGUGCUCCGAGCGGUGCUGCGGAACGCCGUGUCGGACAUGGUGGUUCCUGCUUACUGCGCGUUUCUGCAGAAGCAACCCAAGCUUGGAAAAUCUGUCAGGUACACAGCUGAUGAUCUGGCCGACUCGCUGUCGGAGUUGUUCGAAGGGGAAGCCGCGGAUGGCAGAAAAAUCUAG